GCUUUUGUUCCGCCACUGGGGAAUUUCGCUGCUCCGAGCGCGAGAGGUCCUCUUGGGUCGUAGCCUGGCAGGGGUCAGGCUGGAGCUGAGCCGUGCAGUUCACUGUAACCACCGUCUCCAUUUGUACGUGAUCGGGAAACACCCCUUUAGCACGGCCCCCUUUCGCUUGUCACGUGUGGUUCCGGGGGCCAACUCUGGGCGGAGCCACCGAGCGACUGAAGCACACAAACGCACAGUCUUCCUCCAUGUCAAUCUGGCUUGGUUCUGUGAGGGCUCGUCUCGCUCGGCUUCUCCCUGUGGGCGACAUCGGAGCCUCAGUCGGUCCCAACCGCCGUGCCGCCUAGAGAGCUGAGACGGCAGAAGCUGCUCCUUGCGCCCUCUGCCUCUGGGAAGGAGCAGGAUCGGGGCCUCCGAGGGACCGGGAGGCGAACGGGGCCCCACCAAAGCAUGGAAAUGGCCCUGCCGGAAGGGGCGCUUGAAUUAGCACAAUCAACAUAUUCUGGCGUUCUCCUCAGUGUUGCUGUAACCGUUCCUGCCUGGUCUACUUUUGGAUUGAGUUAUUUCACAACGGCUGCAAUCCUGUAAACUCUUUCUUCGGUAUGAAUCGCUGAGAUUUAGUUCUUGAUAUCCCUGCCUAGGCUUACGCUACAAGAAAAGACAAGUAUAAAUGUAAAAGCAGUACAUAGAUGUCUCAUCCAUACGUAUAGGUUAUUCAUAGAUGACUUUAUUUAUCCAAUCGUGUAUUAAAACAAUUACAAGAUCUGUGCUUCUUGAGUAGGUACGAUACAUUCUUUUUCACAAUGCUGGCGAAACAUUCCCAGGAGCAGAUUUCAUCUUGAAAAUCAAUGUGAAAUUCGUCUGCUCCUGGAUCCAGCCUACCUGACCUCUCUGGUGGUGCCAAUUGCCCUUGACCAUAGACUACCUCCCCAGCUCCUCCUCAACAGCAUGAGCACCUUCUGGCUAGUGCGUAACCAAUAAUUUCUCGAACUACCCAAUAGAAAGCAAACUUGCAACAUAGCGCCCCGCUAUGUGAAAGGUCUCUGUUUUGAAAAAACUGGAGGAUGGAUUGACAUCCUGUUGCUUCGUUUGGUUCUCUUUGUUUAAGGUAAUUCUGUUUCUGAAAGCCUGAUAUGUUACAGGACUGGAGGCGGGUUAGUCUGGAUGUCAUCAAUGGAGCCUCCUCCAAGCCUGUUGUUUUGUAUCUGUCAGAUGGGAUUCUGUAGAAAGAGACUGCUGAAAUGCUCAAACCACUCUCUUUGUUAAUGGCUCUAGCCCAGUCUAUGAAGUAUCUUUUUGCAUGACUAAAGACUACAGGUGACUGGAUGCCACAGAAAGUAAUAGCUACAGAUGCUUCCAGAAGGUGGGCCAAAGGGAGCAGGUUUCCCCUCCCCUCCCCUGGCUUGGAGUGAUAUUAUUGGAGACUGGAAGGGAGUCCUUGAAUAAUACACUGGAGGAGCUGAAUGGUUAAAAUAAUACCAGUGCUUCCUUUCCAGCUACAUGCAAUACAUUUUACAAAAAAGUAAGUUAUUUGCAAUCUAGCAAAGUUAAAAUAUUUUUAAUAUGGCUGUAUGGUUUGAAAACUGCAGUUAAUACAGUUCUGUUUUUUAUCGUGUCGGCGUAAUAUGUUUGCUGCUGCUACCAAAAGUUUUGUUAAGCAGGUUGGAGAUGGAGGCCGUUUAGUACCUGUUCGUAGCCUUAGUGAAGCUGAUAAGUAUCAACCCCUCAGUCUUGUUAUCAAGAAGAAAAGCUGUUUUCUUUCAAAAAGAUCCAAAUUUGUUGCAACACCAUUCAGCCUAAAAGACAUUCUUCAAGGAGAGAAAGAAAUUUCAGCUGGCAUUUCAUCCUACCAGCUCCUGAAUUAUGAAGACAAAUCUGAUGUGUCCCUCAAUGGGAGACGAGGAAAUCAAAUCAUGAACUCGGCUGGGGUCAAUAUCGCUGGAUCAGAUUCUCUUGCAGUGAAGGCUUCAUUCGGCAUUGUAACUAAACAUGAGGUUGAGGUACCAACAUUACUCAGAGAACUUACUAGUAGAAAAAUGAAUUUUGAGCACUGCCUUGUUCGUCAGUCACGAGAAAGUAAGAGGACAGUUCUCUGUGUGGUCAUGGAGAGUAUUCGAACCACACGACAGUGUUCCCUAUCUGUGCAUGCUGGUAUGAGAGGUGACACAAUGAGGUUUCAUAUUAUUGACGACUAUAAUUACAAAGGACGUGACAAAGCUAUUGUCUUUCCUGCUCAUACAACUAUUGCAUUUAGUGUGUUUGAACUUUAUAUUCGCUUGGAUGGCAAUUUUGAGCUUUGUGUCACUCCAGAUUCAAAAGGGGGAUUUGAAAAAGAGCCAUCAAGAUCGUUUUCACUAACUAAAUUAAGGAAUCUGUUUUAUCGAAAUAAAAGGGUAAUGGAUAUCAUUGCUCACCCAGAUAAUUAUUUAGACAACAUUUUCGCAGACUACUAUGAAAAAGCUGCAAGCAUGACUGACGUCUCCGCAAGCUACUUCCAAGAAGGGGCUCAUAUACGAGUGAAUUUACUUAAUAACAAUAUCCCCAAAGGUCCUUGUUCCCUGUGUGGAAUGGGGAGUUCCAGAAGAGAAACAGUCUAUGGUUGUCUUGAGUGCUCCUUUAAUGGACAAAAGUUUGUACGACUACAUGCUGUGCCUUGUUUUGACCUCUGGCACAAGAGAGUGAAGUAACAUUUCCUACAAAUGCAUAUGGGUUGGAUCCAGCUUGAGUUAGUUGCACUGAAUUCCCACUGAAAUCAGUGGGGCUUAAUUUAAGUUACAUCUAGCUUUUCACUCUAACGUUAAUGAGACCUAAAAUUGAUUUGGAUCCAGCCCUGUAUGUAUACUGAGGUGCGAUUGUGCCAUAGAAUUCCUAAUGAGUUUUGAGUGCGAAAGCUUAAAAUGUGGAGCCACAGGUGCUUUUCUUUCCUUCCAUGUUUUUAAAGAUAUGUGAACAAGAACUUCAUAGAAUUACUUCCUGCAUGUGAUGUCUUUUUAGUUAAUGCUUUCUAAUUGCCUAAUAUGAAAUA